AUGGUAUUAUCAUCCACAACAACUCCAAAUUCUAAUUCUAAUACUAAAAUUUUCAAAAAUGAUGAAAAAUCAAAUUAUUUUACAACUAAUAUAACAAUAUCAGAAUCAAAUUCAUCAUCAUUUGGAAAUUAUUCAUCACCUUCAUCACCAAAUAUGAGUUCAGAAUCAAUAAAUAAUCAUUUAAAUUUAUCAACUUCAAUUUCAUCAACUUCAACUAAUGAAACAUCAAAUUCAACUACUAAUACUUCAACUAAUUCUUCAUUAUUAGAUUCAAUAGUUGAUUCAUUUAUAAAACCUUUAACUAAUGAAAAUUUAAAUUUACAUUCAAAUUUAAUUUUAGAAGAUUUUAAAGAAUCAUUAAGUAAAGAUUCAAUAACUAUGUUACCAAAUUAUAAUAUUUCCCCAACAGGUGAUGAAAAGGGAUCUUAUUUAGUUGUUGAUUUAGGUGGGUCUACUUUAAGAGUUGCUAUUGUAAAUAUUGAAUCACCAACCACAGAAAAACAAAGAAAAGAUAGAUUAAAAAUUAUUAUUGAAGAUAAAUGGAUAAUACCAAAUGAAUUUAAAAUUUUAAAUUAUAAUUUUUUUAGAUUUAUUGGUUUUAAAAUAAUGGAAACUUUGGAGAAACAAGACUUAAUUAAUAUUAGUGAUGUAAUAAAUACUGGAAUAACAUGGUCUUUUCCCCUUGAUACAACUUCAUAUAAUAAUGGUAAAAUACGUCAUGUUUCAAAAGGUUAUACAAUAGAUUCAGAUAUUUAUGAUAAAGAUUUAAAAUUAAUAUUUGAAUCAAUAUUAUUUAAAGAAUUUAAUCUCAAAAUUGAUAUAAAAUUAAUUUCAAAUGAUUCAUUAGCUGUUUAUUCUGCAGGAACAUUUUUAGAUGAUAAAAUGAAAUUAGCUAUGGUUUUAGGAACUGGAUUUAAUAUGUGUUGUCAAUUACAAACACCUGAUAAAAACGCUACUGGUAGUGAUGAUACUCCUCAAAUGCAUCCAAAAAAAUUAAUUGAUUCUAAAAUUUUAAUAAAUACAGAAUUAUCAUUAUUUGGUCAAAAUUUAUGUAAUAUUUUUUCAACAAAAUAUGAUGGAAUAAUAGAUUCAAGAUUUAAUAAUUUUAAACAUCAUUUUAAAACUUUUUUAAGUCAAGAUCCCGAAAAUAAUUUAUUAUUUCAACCAAAUGAAUUAAUGACAAGUGGUAGAUAUUUACCCGAAUUAAAUAGAUUAAUUAUAAUUGAUUUAAUUAAUAAUGGGGAGAUAUUAAGUAAUUUUAAUAAGUCAGAGCUUCAUGAUUUAUUAGAAAUUAAAUAUGAUGGAUUUAAUGGUGAAUUAAUGUGUUUUAUUAAUGAAUCUAAUGAUUAUGAACAAAUAAAUUUAAAAUUUAAAAAAUUUUAUAAACUAGAUAAGAAUUUAAAAAAUUCAGAUAUUGAUAUUUUAAAAAUUAUAAUUGAAUCAAUUUUAAAAAGAGCUUCAUUUAUAAUAGCAAAUUCAAUUAUAGCAUUUUUUAAAUUAUUUAAAAUUUAUAAUACCAAUGAAACAAAUAAAGGUCUAAUUACCAUAGGUUAUGUUGGAUCAGUAUUAAAUUUUUUUAAUAAUUAUAGAAAAUUAAUUAUUGAUUAUGUUAAUAAUUCUAGUGAUGCUCAAACUCAAGGUUAUUCUAUUGAUUUAAAAUUAAUUGAUAAUAGUUCUAUUAUUGGUGCUGCUAUUGGUGCUGCUUAUUAUUCAAAAUAG